GCAGGUAAGCGGCUUCAGGAAGUCAUCCUCUCAUUAGCGGCUGUGACCUGCAGCCAAAGUUCCUCAAACAGGAUUAGAGAAAAGCAGCUCUGAGCCUGACAUCAGCACUUUCUGCAGUCCUCAGCACGACGUUCCUCUGAGAACAGGUCGGCAGGAUGCAGCUUCCCUGGUUGCUAGCGGCGUGUCUGUGGUUGCUAUGCAUUAGCCAGGUGAGGACAGCGACCUUCAAACUGGCCCUGAUUGCCCCCUGGUCAUGUGACCCGUUGUUCUCCCGGGCGAUGCCCACGGCGGCGGUCAACCUGGCGUUGUCACGGUUACAGAGCGACAGCAGCCUGAGCCAAGGAUUCUGGUACGACGUGAACCUGCUGGAGGAGGACUGCUCCGCCUCCAAAGCGCUGAAAGAACUCGGGGAAAUGGAGGGUUAUGGCCACGCCUACAUCGGCCCUUUUAACCCCGCCCUCUGUCACGCUGCCUCCCUAUUGGCCGAGCACUGGGAGGCGGGGCUUGCCUCUCCCGGCUGUCUAGACACUGAUUGGCUGAACCUGCCUCCCAUUACUCCUCCCAGCAGAGUGCUGUUCACCGUCCUUAGGUUCUUCCGCUGGGCACACGUGGCUGUCGUCUCAGCUCCCACUGACCUAUGGGUGAGCACCGGACAGGAAGUGGCCUCGGCACUGCGGGCUAUGGGGCUGCAGAUUGGUCCGGUGGUCGCCAUGGAAACACAGGAGAGGGGCGGAGCUAGGGAGGCACUGAAUGAGAUCCGGGAGGUCGACCGGGUGAAAGUGGUCAUCAUGUGCAUGAGCUCCGUCCUGAUUGGUGGAGAGGAUCAGAGAGAGCUGCUAUUGGCUGCUCUGGACAUGGGGAUGGUUUCCGAAGGUUAUGUGUUCAUUCCAUACGACGCGCUGCUGUACGCGAUGCCCUAUCAGGACACAGUAUUCCACCCGCUGACCAACAGCACGAAGCUCCGUCACGCCUACAGCUCCGUCCUGACCAUCACCAUGGCAUCUGACCAGAGUUUCUAUGAAGCCUUUCGUCAGGCUCAGAUCAGCCGAGAGAUUCGCUCAGCGGUGUCUGCUAAGGAGGUGUCUCCGAUGUUCGGGACCAUCUUCAACAUGGUGUACUUCAUUGCUAAGGCCGUGGAGGAGCGUCGCCAGGCGGGGGGCGGGAACUGGGUGACGGGCGAGCAGCUCGCCCAAUCAGAUGGAGGCUUUGAUUUCCAGGGCUUCAAUCAGGUGCUGUAUGGAGGUAAAGAGGGGCGUGGCCUCCAGUCCAGGUACGUGGUGCUGGACUGCGACGGCGACCGGCUCGUACCGACUCACUCUCUGGCUCCGACUCACACCGACGGGAGGAUCGGAAAUCUGCGGCCGCUCAGUCGAUCCUUCAUCUUCCCCGGAGGACAACCCCCCCCAGCCAGCUUCUGUUGGUUCAGUCCGGACCAGGCCUGCAGUGGCGGUAUGAACACCAUGGUGAUGGUUGCCAUCGUCCUGCUGCUCUGCGCUCUGAUUGGACCGUUUCUCUACUGGUUCAGAAAGUACAGGAGGACAGCGAACGUCACCAAACUGAUCCUGACUCUGGAUGACAUCGUCUUCAUCGAUACGCAAGUCAGCAGGAAGAAACUCAACGACGAGUCAAUCAUGAGGAGUCUUCUGGAAAUUAAAACGCCGUUCCGCUCCAUUGCUAGAAGUUACAUCCUGACAACACCUGAGAGCUCCAACAUUGGCAUCCUGGAGGGUGACUGGGUGUGGCUGAAGAAGAUUCCUGUCACAAAGACGAUAACAGCAGCCAAUGAAGGGACACAGAACCUGUUCAGCCAGCUGCGGGAGAUGCGUCAUGAGAACCUGAACCUGUACCUGGGUCUGUUUGUGGACUCAGGCAUCUUUGCUCUGGUGGUUGAACAUUGUCCUCGAGGAAGUCUGGCAGACCUGCUGGCUGACAGCAACAUGAGGCUGGACUGGAUGUUCAAGUCCUCCCUGCUGAUGGACCUCAUCAAGGGGAUGAAGUACCUUCAUCUGCGAGGUCUGAGUCAUGGUCGGCUGAAGUCCACAAACUGUUUGGUCGAUGGACGCUUUGUCCUGAAGAUCACAGACUACGGACUCCCCAUGAUUGUCCACUCUCAGAACAUCGUCCUACCUGAAGAUCCACAAGAGCUCCUGUGGACAGCUCCAGAGCUGCUGAGGUCUCCAGUUCGUGGAGGUUCUUUCUCUGGAGACGUCUUCAGUUUCUCCAUCAUCAUCCAGGAAGUGAUCUCACGAACACUGCCGUAUGCCAUGAUGGACAUGCCGGCCCACGAGAUCGUGGAGCGUCUGAAGCAGCCUCCUCCUCUGUGCCGGCCAAUAGUUUCGGUGGAUGAAGCUCCUGCUGAGUGUCUCGCUCUGAUGAACGAAUGUUGGAACGAGGAUCCGAUCAAGAGGCCGAGCUUCGACGACGUCUUCAAACAGUUCCGUGGCAUUAACCGUGGGAAGAGGGCGAACAUCAUCGACUCCAUGCUGCGGAUGUUGGAGCAGUACAGCUCUAACCUGGAGGACCUGAUCAGAGAGAGAACCGACGAGCUGGAGGUGGAGAGGAACAAGACGGAGAAGCUGGUUGGACAGCUGCUGCCAAAGUCUGUGGCUCAGGCUCUGAAGAAAGGCAAACCGGUCCGACCUGAACAUUACUCCGACUGCACCCUGUACUUCAGCGACAUUGUUGGGUUCACCACCAUCUCAGCCCUCAGUGAACCUAUCGAGGUGGUGGAUCUGCUCAACGACCUCUACACCAUGUUCGACGCCAUCAUCGCCACCCAUGAUGUCUACAAGGUGGAGACCAUCGGAGACGCCUACAUGGUGGCCUCAGGAGUUCCCAAUAGGAACGGAAACCGACACGCAGCCGAAGUGUCCAACAUGUCUCUGGAUAUCCUGCACUCCAUCGGAGCCUUCAAGAUCAAACACAUGCCGGAGAUCAAAGUGAAGAUCCGCAUCGGACUGCAUUCAGGUGCGGUGGUUGCAGGUGUGGUGGGCCUCACCAUGCCCAGAUACUGUCUGUUUGGAGACACGGUGACCACGGCAUCUCACAUGGAGGCAUCCGGACUACCCUACAGGAUCCACAUCAGUCUGAGUACAGUGAAGGUCCUGACCAGCCUCAAACUGGGAUAUCACAUCGACACCAGGAAGGCUCAGGUGAAGGGCACUGAGGACACAUAUUGGCUGAUGGGCCGAGACGGGUUCGAUAAACCUCUGCCGGUUCCUCCAGACCUCACCGGAGGGGCCAGUAAUCACGGUAUCAGUCUGGAUGAGAUUCCAGUUGAGAGACGACAAAAGUUUCUGGACCGACAGAAGAAGAUGAAGAAAUGAUGCCAAUACACAACAAUACACAGUGUAACACACAAUAACACACAGUAACACACAAUAACACACACUAACACACAAUACCACACAAUACCAUACACAAUAACACACAAUACACACAAUAACACACAAUAAUGCAAUAACACACUAUAACACAACCACACACACACACACACACUAAACCACAGUAACACAAUAACACACUAAAGUACACAAUACCAUACAACAACACACAAUAACACACAAUAACACACAAUAAGACAAUAACACACACUAACACACAAUGACACACAAUGACACACAAUAACACACAAAAACACACACUAACACACAAUAACACACACUAACACACACUAACACACAAUAACACACAAAAACACACACUAACACACAAUAACACAUAUUAACACACAAUAACACACACUAACACACUAAAAUACAAUAACACACAAUAACACACUAACACACAAUAACACACACUAACACACAAUAACACACACUAACACACUAUAAUACAAUAACACACACUAACACACAAUAACACACAAUAACACACUAUAAUACAAUAACACACACUAACACACACUAACACACAAUAACACACACAUACACGCAGACUCUGACCCAUGUAAAUAUCCACAUGUAUGACGUCACACAUGCUACACGCUACCUCGAGGACUGAGCUUUAAGGGACCACGUGAACUGACUUCUACCUUCUAGUAUCGGUGGCUGUGAUUGGUCGCUUCCCUUCCUGUCAUGUCUUCAUCCAAUCGGUUGAUUCUGUGCCUCUGAAUCUGUAACACGAUUCGCUGAUCACUAGUGACACAUGGAACUGUUCUACGUUCUCAGUGUUCUAGUUCUAGUACCUGCGCAGUGCAUGCUGGGAGCCGUGCUGUGAAUAAAGGUUCUCCAUCCACUGACCCACAAAGGUUCUGCAGCAUUCCGCGGAUGUUCUCAGCUUCCAGGAUGUUCUUGUUAAAGGUUGGAUGCUGUAGACAUUCUACAGAUGUUUGGUGAUGACAUUUUUAGAACAUACCUCCUCUUUCUUAUCAUGGAACACUGUGGAACGUUACAGGAACGUUUCAUAGAGGAACAUUCUAUAAACAAAAAGACAGCAUGUUCCACCUCUAAUGAUGUUAUAAGCGUUCUGUAUUAAAACGUUCUGCAUCAAAAUGUUCUGCAUCAAAAUGUUCUGUAUUAAAAUGUUCUGUAUUAAAACGUUCUGCAUUAUAAUGUUUUGUAUUAAAACGUUCUGUCGUCUGGA